AUGGCCCAAUUCUGCAACGGGAACGGCGCGUUCCUACCGAGAAGCAUCGGCGCCCGCGGGGGUUCCUACGUCCCAGACACAACAUUCCACACCAUUCGGACCCAGAAAGAUGCGCUUCCUGUGUCUCCAUGGAAAGGGCACCAACUCCCAGGCGCAAUACAAUAUCAACUCGGUGACGGUCAUAGCUUUGAGUUUGUCGAGGGGACCGUAUCCGAGGAAGCUGCUCCAGAAAUACAGGCGCUCUUCGCAUCAGCAGACCAAUACUUUGGCUAUUUCGACGAACGCUCCCCAGAGUCCUGCUUGGCUGCACUGAACAACCUCGAGCGCUAUAUCGACAUUCAAGGGCCAUUCGAAGGCAUCGUUGCGUUCUCCCAAGGAGGAGCACUCGCCUCAACACUCCUGGUUCGCUAUGCAAGACGGUCCACGGCGAUAAGCCCCCUGAAAGUUGUCGUUUUCUUCUCCGGUGGCGUACCCGCCGAUCCCGAUGAUCUUGAACGGGGCAUUGUGAGGGCAUUGGACCACAGCGCCGUAGGGGAAGCAAUCAAGAUCCCAACGGCGCACAUCUGGGGCGUAACGGAACGGGGAGAACUAGAUUGGCCCCCGAAGUUGCGGGACCUGUGCAUGAAAGAGACACGAGAGGAAUUCCAGCAUGGAGGAGGCCACGAAAUCCCAGGAAGCAAGGAUCGUGCAGCGGUAACCCGUGCGGUGCAGGCGAUGCGGCGAGCAAUCUGGAGGGCCGAAAUUGGAAUCCGUGAAUAG